UAUUAAUUUUGUAGUGCAAAAUCACUUUUAGUUUCAUCUUUGAUUAAUUGUUCAAAUAAAAUGCUUAAUUUAUAGAUAUAUUUGGGAAGACUACAUUGUUUUUUCUUCUUUCUGUCUUCUCCUUUUGUUGAUUCAUGCAAAAGCUGGUGUUUCAAGUUGGGGGAAAGAAUAAUGCAUUGUGAAUUAAUAAACUACAUCCUCUCCUGUAUUACAAAAUGUUAUCAUGAUUGUUGAGCCAAUUUAUGCCAAAGACAUUCUACCAAUUCAGUAGAUCCCUCACCUUUAUAUUAAAAUGUGCAAUGAAAUGGAUUUAUGGAUUUUGGACACUCGGUGAUGAUUCAACCCUCCUCUGCUUUAUUAGUAUCGUUGAUCAACGAAGUACACUAUAUUUAUAGGUACAUGUGAUUUUAGAAAUCAAUGACUACAUUGGCUUUUCAUAAAAAAUAAAAAAAAUAAAAAAAUCAGAGGAAUGAUGGAGGACCAACAAGCCAUGAAUUUUUUGUUUAGAAAAAACUAUAAUAAUAAAACCGUACAUGUUAUUUGUGUCCUUCAUUGUAUUUGUAGCACUUCCAACUUUACCCAAGUCAGUUAUUAUUAUUUUUUAUCUUUUGUCAUCCUUGCACACAACUAAGCCAUCUUACAUUAUAUCUUCUUGUAUCACCCUCAUUUGGCGUCAUCUCUAGUUUGUAUGUAAUUUUGAUAUUUUUUGAAACUCUAGGAGAGAUAAUAUUGCCCUGAUUAAUUUCACACCCUUGGCAUUCAUAGGGAUCAAGUUUUUCAGAUAAAUGUGUCAUGUUGAAAUAUAUUAACUAAUCAAUCAAUAAGUUGAUAUGGAGUUAAAUCACCUAUCCGCACCUGAUUAGACAUGGUAUUUCUGCAUUUUUAAAAUCUCCAGUUAAACAAGACAAUUCUUUUGAGCUAUAUUUCUUAAUUUCUUGGAACGUACGACUAAUGCUAGAGUAUUAAUUGUUUUGAACAUUAUGAAAGACAUCAUUUAUAGUAAAUCUUGUUGAACUACUGAAUUAAAACAUGUCCUGUAAGGCUGUUAUCAUUCUAUUUAUAGUUUUGAUUAUAGCUUUUAUUUUUUAGUAAAAUAUUAUUAUCAGCUAUUGUCCAAACUCAGUCUUAUUUUUUAUUUUUAUUUUUAUUUCAGUGUACUAGAGUUUACAUUUUUGUUUUUUGAUAAGUACUAGAGUUUACAUCUUGUAAUGCAGUUUUCCUAGUUUUCUCAAAUAUCCACUUUAUUUAUUGCAAGCAUACUAUUUUAACCAUCCUUCUGAUUAGUGUAUCAAUUUAAUCCCUUUACUGCCAAUCUUUUCAAUAUUUUAAGUCACCGUUCUAAGCUUCCCAUCUUGAAGCUGUUUCUUUACUGCAAUUGUGCAUUUAUUAGAAUUAACUAUCAGUUUUCCUUACCUUCUUUCUUAUAAAAAGGAACAUCAUAGAGUAAUGAAUUGAAAUCUAAUCAAGUAGAAUUUUCUAAAGAAAAUGAAUAAGAAAAGUGCCUUAUGAUGUCAAUAGGUCAAGUUGUAUAGAAGUUAUAUGUUGCUUAAUUGAAUUAAAUUUGAAGGCCUUUUUUUUAUCUAGCAUGGUCUCUAAAUUACAGUGUGUUCAAACGGCCCUUGUUUGGAUAAAUCAAAAACAAGGAAGGGCUAAAGGAGAUUUUUCAGAGGGCUAAAAUCACAGCUUAAAAUAAUAAAAAUAACUAGACUUCUUUGCAUUUUCAUUUUUUUCUGUCCUUGUUACUAUUUCUCUCUCUGCUACCAUCUUCCCACAUCUCUCUCUUCCUUCCCAUUUUCGCAUCUCUUUCUUCAUAUUUUUCACAUCUCUAUAUUCCUUCCUUGAACUCCCAUGUUUCUCACUCUGCAUAGAAUCCAGUCGCGUGUAUCCAUUUCUCACUUGCCACUAUAUCCUACUAAUAUACAUCUGUUUCUAGUGCUGCAGCUAGGUUCCUGCAUCUCUGAUCCAUAGUAUGUGAUGGUAGCCAAUGCCACAUGAGCAAAGCGGAUUAAAUGAUUUUUAUAUCCAUCCUAAUGACACUUGAAUAUAUUGAGUAGAAACAGAUGUUUAAGUAAACAUGAUGGAUGAGUUUCAUCUUAAAGAAAGCAAGAAAACAUAGGAAAAUAGCAUUAAGAAGAUAAGAGAAAAAUUCAAAAUGAGAAAAAAUGGUAAAUAAUCAAUCUUGAAAUAAAUAAAAAAUGUUAAAAAGCCAGGCAGCAAGGGAGAAAAGGAGGUCUAGACUUGUCAGUUUAAAUAAUUUAUAUACCAACAUAGUCAGGGCAUGCCCAAUGCAUCUUGAAAUUGUAGUUGGAGAUUUAACAUUUUGUUAUUUAUUGAUGUGUGUUAUAAGAUGCAGCAAAGAUGGAUUAGGAAAUUAUAUAAAGAGAGGUUUUUAAAUGUCAUUGUAAUUAUAGUGAGUGAGAUAUAAUUGGGAAAAGUGUGUCACUUAUGCGUGCAAUAGCACAAGUUCAGCAAUAAAGUCUGAACUUACGGAUUUGAAUACGAGUGUAAUCGUUUUGUGCAUAGUAUUACCCUCCCAGUAUCUUGCAUUGGCGGGACUAUUACAGGUAAAAGUCUAUAAAUAUUAUGCCAAAGAAAUAUUUUGCAAUGGCUGUUUUAGAAAACCAUUGCUUUGAGUGUUCUAAUCAGGGUGGGCUUGUCCCACCAACUAUUUAGCCAGAGAAACUCCAGUCAAUUUGCAAAUAACCAUCAUGUUAGAUUUUCCCCCAUUUAUGAGGGUUUCAAUUAGAGUAAAGUAAUUGAGGAAGAUGUUCAAUCACACGUAUGUGCACUUAUCACCUUUAUGUUUGCAUCCUUUUCUAGUAUUUUUUUAUCGAACUUUAUCAAUAAUAAUAAUACUAAUAAAUAAAAGAAGAAAAAAGAUAAGAAAAUCCAAGGUUUUAAGGCGUCGAAUUGGCUUGCCCUGUUCAUGUUAUAUAAAUUACAUAGUUCUCUUCUUUCUGUGAACUGCAUAUUCUGUAACAGAAACUCUCAUCUUAGUACUACAAUUACACAAAUCCAGGAGUCUAUUGAAUGCCACUCUGAUUGCUCCAAUCACAGGUGGCCUUGCAUGAACCAAUUAUGCGUUCAGAGAGGCAGUCAUUUGUGUAUGACUGUUGCAUUGAAUUUCUUUUCCUUUAUAAUGAGGGUUUUGAUUAGAGGGGGAAAGAGGAAGAUGUUAAUGCACACAUCCGUAUGCAUACAGUGUCAUGGUGGCAUUGGUGUUCACGUCGUUUUCAUAAUUUGUUGCUUCGAACAUUAACAGACAAAAAAAAAAAAUACUUGCUGCAUCGAAUUGGUGUCACCUGUGCUAUUCAUAUGAGCAUCAUGGGACUUUAUUCUAGACUAUGUAACCACACUCUGAUCCUAGUGCUAUUAUUUCAAAAUACUCUGUACUUGCAAACCAUAAAUUCUGUUUGAAGUAGUCUGUGUUCUGUUGCUGACACUGGGAAAUAUAUUCAACCAUUUUCUAAGUUGAUUAUGAGAAUUUCAUUUCGAUAUUCUUUUGCUUUUUGCAAGUGAUCCUUGAAAUGAUAUGGUCAUGCUCUAUUAUUGCUAUUUGUUUCAUAAUCCUUCUACCUUCACUAUAUGGACUGAUUUGCUGAGGAAACAAGCAUCUGUUGUUCAACAACUGGUGGAUGAUUGGAUAUGUAGGGCUAUGCAGCCUAUGCAAUUAUAUGGUCUUAGUGGAAAGAAAUGAAUAGAACAAUUCCAAAUUGCAAAUUUUGUGGCUUGUUAGCUUUUAAGUCAUGAAUUUAGGUGAUCAUUAGAUAAUCUGAAUGGUGCACAAAAGUCUGUCAAAAGACCAUGCUAUCAUAAGAUUCAUUUCAUGUGUUAAAGCUUGGACCUCUCUACCAUACAGGAAGUACAUCAUUCAAUACAUAAAUUUUCAUGUCCAUUGAAUGUGUGUGGGUAGACCAUUUCUUGAAUGGACCGAGACUUUCUAAUGAGGGGUUGUUACUGGCUUAUUGCACUAUCUAAUGGAGUGUUACCAUUUGAGCUUGUGCUGUCUAAUUUUAUUAUUAAGAAGAAAUUCAAUAAAUCAUGAUUUCUUGAAAAUUAAAAAGUAAAUAUUUUUUUGAUAUCUUUUUGAAUUUUCAGUGAUGAAAGGGGCCCUCCUUUCAUCACGGCCCAAAUAAUGACCCAUUGAAGUUUAGUUCAGGAUUGAGAGUUUUGUGAGAGGUUUAGGGCAAAUGUAUAUUUUUAUAAAUAGAAGUUAGAGAUAUGGAUUGUAGGGGUGGCAAAUUACGACAACAUGAUACGAGUGAGUUUGACAUAAACGGGUUUGGGUCAUAAAAGGGUCGACACGAUUUACUCGUUUACUUAACCGUGUCGGGUUAGGGUUGAGGGAUUUAACCUGUUUAUGACCCAUUUAACUUUUUAUUUGAUAAAAAGUCAUUAAAAGUGUUAACACGUUUAUCUGUUUAAUAAACGGGUUGGGUGACACACAUUUACUUGUUUAAUAAAUGGGUUGGGUGACACGAUUAUUAAAUGAGUUGGGGGUUGGGUUUACCUAUUUAGUAUAAUAGGUUACAUCGCGAACACAAAUUGCCAACCCUAAGGCCUCAUUUGGAUUGAGGGAUUUAGAAGGAUUUGGAGAGAAAAGAAAGGGAAGGAUAGUGUUAAGUGUGUUUGGAUAGAGGGAAUAGAAGAGAAAAGAAAGGAUUGGGAAGGAUUUGGAGGGAUAACCUAUCCCUCCAAAUCCUUCCAACAUAGUAAAACUAAAUCCUUCCAAUUUUGAGAAGAUUUGAGGGGAAAGGAAACAAUUUAAGUAUAAUUUUCAUUAAAAACAAAAUUAGCCUUCCAAAUUCUAUACACAAAAUUUAUAUUACAUUCAAGUUCUAGGUAAAUAAUAUUAGGGCGCAGCUUCUCUAUCUCUUCUUCUCUCGCAUCUGCAAAUCGGAAUUGCCGCUUCUCUAUCUCCUCUUCUCUCACGUCUCCGGCUUCGGCUCUUCUCCAGCUCUGGCUUCGCCUCUUCUCCAGCUCCGACAUUCAGGUCAGAGUUUUGCUAUCUUUGAAUCAAUUUUUGGAUUUCAGUUAGUGGAUUAAGUUCCUAUCUCUGUUAAGUUCUUAUUUUAAUCAUAAAGCUAACAUCAGGACUUACUUCCAUAUAAGUUCAGGAGAUUAUUAGUCAAGUCAAAAGAUUUAUUUGUAAGAAAAAUAAAUAGAUCAGAGGUGUUUUUGCAUUUUACCUUUCCGUAUAUCUUAAUAUUUGUUUUCAUAUGACAUAAGUUGAAAUCAUUUGCUGUUGAAAGAUGAAUAUUAUACAAAUUUAGUGAAAAUGAUACUCUCUGUAAAUUAUUUUCAGGUUUAAAUUAUUUAGACUAAUAUUAGCUUUUGCUUCUGUUGGGAAAAUGGAUUUGUUGUUUCUAUUAUUACCAUCUAGUUCUACUAAGGUUUGUAUCUGUUGUUGUUUGUUGAUUUGGUAGAGUUGCAAUUAAAAUGAUAAUCAUGUAGUAAAACGGUAAUUUGAUAAUGGUAUUAAUGAAAAUAUGAAAUACUGAACUCACAAUAUUGAAUAUUAGGCACGAUUUCUAAAUAUUGAGCUCUGAGUCUUUCAUUGUGAUUUGAUUGGCUAUGAGCAUCAACCAUGUCAUGAAAGUUUACUGUUUUGAUCCUCCACCUUAAGCCGUAGAGCCUCCAACCUUCGUCAACUCAUCUCAAAUACCAAAACACCAGCAUUGAGCUAUUGAGAUAUUACUGAAUACCCAAUGACAGGAGUAUAAAGGCAUUGAAAGGGUAAUGAAAUCUCUAAUGAUGUCAUUGGUGAAUUUGACAAGUUUUCUACAAGUUAGAUUCACAGAUUAUUCUGAAAGAUGAUUCUUCCUCUAAAACUGGGUUUGAGGACCAUUUUCUCUGUUGUGGGAGAACUGUUUGGCAGGCAUGUAUUUAAAACACUGAUAGGUUUUAAAUGGCUUUUCGUUGGUGCAUUCUGUACUGAAAAAAAAAUCAACUCUCUAGAACUUGCUUGUGCUUUCUUUCCAGGAGGUGUACCCAGAUAAGUAAAGGAUUACUGGUUGAAUAAUGUAUUCAAAAUUCCAUAUUUUAGGCAUACUCUUGUUCUUAUAAGUAUAUUUUCUUGCCAAACAGGAUGUUUUCUGGUGCUGGUGUGAACAUUAUAGUACUGAUAUAUCUUGCUAAGAUGGCAUUGGCCACAUAUGUGGUUGUGCACUAAGUCACACAAAUGUUUUGGGAUAUAAAAAUAAAAAGUUGGGAGGUCCUUUCACUCACUCAGUUCACAAAACAAAUCCAGCAGAGUAUUUUAUAAGAUUAGUGUGACUGAAGCAGUUAGUAAUCAGUUAGUAAUCCUUGUUCAACUACAUGGAUUCAGAACUAUCUAAUACUAAGUUUGCAUUUUUUGUUUGCAUUUUUUUUCUGGUUAUUAAUAUAUCAUUUUGCAUUUUACAAUUUUAGAUGGACAAACAACAAAAUGAGAUACUGCAUUUCCAUUUUAUGUGGGUACAAAGACGACGUCAAAUUGCAACUCUAGUCAUUCUCCUUGCCGUGUGUUGGUUUAUGCGUUGAAAACGUAGAAACUAUGUAGAUAAACCUAUUACAAAAUCAGAGAUUGAAAGACAAAAUAACACGGGAUAAACUAAUGAACGAGCUUAGGGUAAGUGAGAAAUUUUGUAACAUUACUCGUACGGGACCUGAAGCUUUUCCAAAUUUCUGUGAGAUGCUUAUAAGAGAUGGUGGUCUUCGACCCACAAAACGUGCAAGUGCUGAAGAGCAAGUUGCCAAAUUUCUUCACAUUAUAUCACACAAUGUGAGGAAUCGGACAAUGUCAUUUUUCUUUUGUCGCUCUGGUGAAACCAUAAGCCGUCAUUUUCAUAGUGUGUUAAAAGCAGUAAUCUCAUUGGAAGGAUAGUUCAACCUUCGACAUGCAUCACUGCGCAAUGUUAUUGAGAAUUUUCGGUGUGUUGAAGAAAUGAUUUCCUAUCAUAGGAAGCGGUACCGAACCACCAUAUGAUGUUAAAACUCAAGUUGAUAUCAUUUUAGCUUAUUGCAUCAUACACAAUUAUUUAAUGGGCAUGGAUCCGGAUGAAAGCCUUAUUAAUGAAGUAGAUCGGGAGCUCUUAAAUGAAACUCGAAAUGAAGAGCGUGGUCCAAUGGAGAGAAGUGAGGAUCAUAGUUUGGGGGAAUACUUGAGAGAUUCAAUAGCUUCCCAUAUGUGGCAUGACUAUGUAGCUAAUCAUGUGUGAUACUUGAAAUGUUUAUUUUGUUGCAAUAACUUAAAAUUUAUUUGCUUUUGUUUAAUUUUUCUGUAACUUCUUUUAUGUUAGAGUGCUUGAUUUGGAGAUGUAGAAUGCUAAUUAUAGAUUGUUAUAAACUCCUACCUUGCAUACAGUUUUUGUUUACCUUUAAUUGAAUGAUUUAUCUUUUUGUUCAUUUCUUUGUAUUGUACUUGUUUUUAUGUAAAUAUAAGAAUGAGUAAUCAAUCAAACAUAAGUGGUGGGUCGAAGAGGGAUAGAUGUGUUUGGACUGCACAAAUGGAUGAUAUUUUUGUAGAUGCAUUGCAUAAUCAAUUUGUGAAGGGGAAUAUGAUUGAUGGCACAUUUACAACAAAAGCUUAUAAUGAGAUUGUUCACGAAUUGAAAGAAAGACUAGGUAUCGAUAUCAACAAAGAUAAAGUGAAGAAUCGGUUGAAAACAAUUAAGAAAAUAUUUAACGAGUGUUUUAACUUAUUCAAAACUGGUUUGAGUGGGUUUGCUUGGAGUGAAGCAACAAAAAUGUGGUAUGCUGAACCUGAAGUUUGGGCUUCUUUAAUUAAGUCAAAUCCAACAGUUGAGAAAUGGAAGACUACUCCAAUUUCCAACUAUGAUAAGUUGCUGGAUUUAUUUGGCAAGGAUAGAGCAACUGGGUUUAAUGCAGCAACUGCUGAGGAGAAGAUUAAUGAUUGGGCAACAAAAGGAAAAGAGAAGAGUAAUGAAAGGGAGUCAAGUCCUAAUGAUGAUCUGAUGGAGACCAUUGAUUGUAUUGAUCACAUGGUGUCACGGAAAGAAGUAAGUUUGGAUAAUACAUUUUUUAUGGAUCAUGAGUUUGAAAAUGUGAAUAUGAUGUCUUCUGAAACACCUUCAAGUGUACCUUCCCAUUCCACUUCUUUAAAAGGAAAAAGAAAAAGAAAUUAUUCGACCGUUGAUGGAGAUAAUGAAAUAAUUGAAGUAGUGAGAGGUGUGGCUGGAGCUCUUAAAGAGGGAAAUGAUCUUCAUAAAACAUUCAAUAAUCUUUAUGAGAAGUUCAACCAUAUUUAUGAGAAGUGCAACCAAAAGGGAAAAUAUGAAGAAGAAAUCUUUAAGAUUUUGGCGGAAAUUGGACUAGAGGGGCAUGCAAUUGUUAAGGCCUUCAUUUUUCUGACUAAGCAUGACCAUCCUGAUAGAAUGACACAAUUUCUUGGUUGCCCACCUGUGCUUCGCAAGACACUUCUGGAGGAACUGAUGUCCAAUGAUUCUUGAUGUUGAUAAUGAUUUCGGUUAUACUGACUUUUGACAAUGUAUUUUAAGUUGGUAAUAUUUUGGUACAAUUAGUAGAACUUUGUAUUAUGUCGAAGUUUAGUUAUAUAUAUAUUUUUAAUUUUUUGUUA